AUGGCUACUGGAAAGGGAUCUGGUUCGCGGUUAAACCGUCUUCAAUUUAAACAGAAGCUUGUAACAUCGUCAGCGAAACCAAUUACUACACAAGAGUUGUUAAAACGACUAAAGAAUUUAUUUGGAGAAAUUUCUAAAACAGAUCAAGAAGAGAUAGAAACCGAUUCUUUGAAGAACGUGACUCGUGAACUUAUACAUAAUUCUCUACUCUCCCAUAAAGACAAAGGUGUAAAAGCUUACGCCGCUUGCUGUAUAUCUGAUCUAUUGAGACUUUACGCGCCGGAUGCUCCAUAUACUGAUAAAGAAUUAAGGAGCAUUUUUGAAUUUUUUGUUCACCAACUUCAAAAUAUCGCAAACACAAAUGGAACAUAUUUCGAUCUUUAUUUUCACCUGCUCGAGAAUUUGGCUAGGGUGAAAAUAGUCUUGUUAAUAUUAGAUCUACAAAAUCAUGAAGAGAUUUUAUGUGAUUUAUUCAAAAGCAUAUUCGAUAUCGUCAGACCGGAUAUGUCUAGUACUGUUCGCUUGCAUAUGGCAGACAUCCUUGAACAGUUAAUAAAUGAAAGCCACUCAUUACCUCAGGAUGUCAUCGAUAUUAUACUUGCUCAAUUCUUACAAAAACGAAAAGAUGAAAACCCGACAGCAUACAGAUUAGCAUGCGAUGUUUGCAAGGCAUCAACAGAGAAGCUUCAGCGAUACGUUUGCCAGUAUUUCACUGAUGUUAUUGUUGCUGCCGGCAAAACCGGUGCACCCACAGAGGAACUAAACGAUUUUAAAACAGCACAUGAUCUAAUAAAAGAGCUAAAUCGAUCAGCACCUGGGUUGUUACUUAACGUCAUACCACAAUUAGAAGAGGAGCUAAAACUGGAUGGUUUAAACCUGAGUAUGCGUGCUACACAAGUUCUCGGUGAAAUGUUUUCCGAGAAGGAUUCUACCUUAGCUAGUCGUUAUGAUAAUGUAUGGAAGAUGUGGCUUCUCAGGCGAAACGAUAAAAUAGCCGAAGUACGAUGUGCUUGGACGGAAUAUUGCUUGCCUCUUUACAUUAAUCAUCAUGAGUUAGCUAAACAAGUCAACGAGGCUAUUAUUACCAAGAUGUCAGAUCCUGAUGAGAAAGUUCGUGUCGCUGUAUGCAAAGUUUUCAGCAAAUUAGAAUAUGAAUGUGCCUCAAAACUUAUAGAGAAGGAGCUUUUUAUUGAGUUAGCUAAACGUUGUCGGGAUCGCAAACAUAGUGUCAGGCAACAAGCCAUAAAUGCUUUGGCACGCUUGUACAAUUUGGCUUACAUAGAAAUAGUCGAUCACGACGCGAACGCAAUCGAAAAGUUUGGGUGGAUUCCAUCAGAAAUACUAAACACACUCUACACAAAUGAUAAUGAAAUAAUCUCAUGCGUUGAAAAGGCUUUACAUGAAGAGAUACUGUCUAAUAAUGAAGAUUCAGUACGCAUGGACCGUAUUCUCGUGAUAUUUGGUUCCUUAGACGCGAAAGCAAAAAAAGGGGUUUUCUCUCUGUUUCAGAGACAACGAGAUAAUAAUAAUUGUGAAAAAAAACACAGUGCUAUUAAUGAUAUGGAAACAUUUUUGAGAUCGUGCGAACAAUAUAAAGAUAAUGGUACUAAUGAAGAAGUUGAUAAUACUUUAAACCAAAUUGUUCGGCGUAUCGCUGACAAACUUCCCGAUCCACUCAAAUCUAUAAAUCAUUUAUCUACUUUUCCUCAAAAUCAUGAUGCUCGUGUUUAUAAAUUGAUAAGGGAUUGUAUGAAUCCACAAUCGGACUAUAAGACUGUUCGACAAUCUGCCAAAGAUGCUCUCAAACGUAUCGAGCAGAUUACUCCGCCAUCUUUAGAAACAUUUUCCAUUCUUAUUCGUAGAAUUAGUUUGACAAUCAUUAAUAAGGACUUAAUACCUUUUCUCAUAACUAAGAUCAAAUCGAUAGAUUCAGAACAACGAAAUGAAAAUUCGAUUGUUGCACAUGAGUUGUUUAGGGAUAUUUCAUCUAGAUUUCCUGCAAUACUUAGACCACAUCUCGAUAAAUUAAUAAGAGCGCUUAAGGAAGAAGAGGAUUCACUAAUAGUUGAUGAUAGCUUGGAGGCUCUUUCUAAAUUAUCAAUAGCUUUUCCUGAUGAAGCUCCGCAAGAUAAGGAAUCUAUACAACGACUUAUGGAAUUUGCCCUUGAAGGAUCUUGCCUCCAGGCAAAAUUUGCUGCUAUUGUGUUGAGCCACGUUCGUCACAAGCAACAAAUAUGUGGCGAGUUAUUGAAAAAAAUCGUGCCCAAACUUUCAAUAACAUCUCCAAACAUUUUAGCAUAUUUAUCUGUGUUAAGCCAAUGCGUACUUUAUUCCCCGAAGACGUAUGAAGAAAAAAGCGAUGCUAUAACUAACUUCAUUGUUAAACAGCUCAUCAUGAAAUCCAGUCAUAAAGUGCUUGGUUUGAAGGUCCUUGUUAACCGUUUAGUGGCUGUUUCCGAGACGGAAGCGGUAGCCGACAUAGCAAAGCCAGUUUUCAAAUUACUAUGGACGUUGAUUCGUGGAGGUGGUGAGCUCCUUCCAGAUAAAUCAACUAGCCGGUUGCGCUUGGCGGCUGCACGCUCUAUACUGAAAUUGGCUCAAAAGAAAGUUUAUGAUGAAAUGAUAACUGUUGAACAAUUUCAAGAACUGGCGUUAAUGAUACAAGAUCCAUGUUAUCAAGUUCGCUUAUCAUUUGCGUCGCGCCUUGUAAAAUAUUGUGGCGGAUAUCAACUUCAUGCACGAUUUUUGUCUAUUUUCUUUUUGAUUGCACAUGACCCAAUGAAAGACAUUAAAGAUAUG